UUGGGGAUCAGCUAGUGAUCCUGCAUCCGGGAGACGAGGUUGCCAUCAUCCCCCCGAUUAGUGGAGGAUAGCUCUGGGAAGACGUUCCCAAAGAAAUCAUGAGUGAAAGUGAGGAUGAGCCCAAGGACUUGAUAAAAUUGCACUAUGAGAAGCUCUCGGCUGAUGAAGUAUCAACACUGGUGAUUUCUCCCUCCUGUGGAGCUGUGUCUUUGUUUAUAGGCACUACCAGGGAUAACUUUGAGGGGAGAAAAGUCAUUCAAUUAGAAUAUGAAGCAUACACACCCAUGGCAGAAGCGGAAAUCAAGAAAAUUUGCACAGAGAUUAGAUUAAAAUGGCCCUCUGUGAAACAUAUAGGAAUACAUCAUAGACUUGGUUCGGUUCCCAUUAGUGAGGCAAGUGUGAUGGUAGCAAUCUCUUCCCCUCACAGAGCAGAUUCUCUUGAGGCUGUGCAAUAUGGCAUCAAUGCUUUGAAAGCAACUGUCCCUAUAUGGAAAAAGGAGGUCUAUGAAGAGGAAUCUUCUUGGAAAGAAAACAAGGAAUGCUUUUGGGCCAAGACAUAAAAAUAAAACUCUGCCAACAGGUUCAUUGGAACUACCUAGCUGUGUUUAAAUCAUAUAGAAGACAUAUUUUCCAGCUAAGCUUGUUAACAAAUACAUGAAGGAUUUGCAUUGCACAGCUCUGUUUAGUUCAGUGGGUUACCCAGCGGUUAGAUUUCUCUCGCCAAGUGCGGAAACUGUCCAAAAACUGAAAUGGACUCCAAGAUAAGAUUUCUACAGAUUUUUGAACCCCCGUUCUCCAAAUUAUGAAAGUUGAGCUAAAACCAUCCUUUCAUAUCUGCUACCUAUUUAACUGUGAAGACUCUAGAGAAAUUUUCUUUGCUUUAGACUGAAUUUGUUAUAUUUGAAAUUUUCAGUUAUAUUUGCCUUUUGAAGCAAGGCCAUGUUACGAAUUACAUGAGAGUGGUUGCACCUGGACACUUUGAUAAACUAUUGUGUAUCAUGGUGGUAAUUAGGUUAGCCUCUCUCUGUGCUCAUGUGCCCCCUUGUCUCCCAGCCAAGGUAGAGAUGAGAAGCUUCUGUUCCAUAUUAGCAUACAUCUGGACUCUAAACUGCUUAUUCUAAACACAGUCAGACCUAUAAUUCUAUAUGACUGAAAAUACACUAAUGGUUGUAGAAUAUUUUUUUAUGCUAGUAAAUUGAAAGUUUUUGUUUCUUCUGGAGGCUAAGGUAUAUAUAAUUUUACCAUCCCUAAGGAGUUGUUCACUUUAGUAAAUAAAUCUUCUUUCAAACCUGCCCAUUACUUUGUUCUGAGUAACAAUGGGAUGUCCUCAAUAAUAUUAAUCUAAAGCUUUGAUCUAGCAUUCUGCUGGAUUACCAGAGCAAAUCAUAGGCCUGGAUAAAGGCUGUAGUUGGACUGAAGCUGAGCAUUUGCACAAAACCAGCCCCUGGCACUGCACAAUGAUUACCCCCGGCAAAGUUAUUUCUGCCAUUCUGCUAGUGGUGGUGGGCUUUGACAGGCAGUGAAUGGAGCUUCUGGGGUCUCCAUUCUAUGAUACGCUGAGUACAAGCAAGUGGACACUGUAAGGUGGGUUUGGUUCCCUUUCCAUGUACAGGGUAACAUGCACCUAUGAUAGUGUCAGCCACUUGUAACUCUAGAGGUGGUGUAGUUCAAAAGAUUUAGGUUGAAAUUCUCAAAUAGCUAAUGAGCAAAUAGUUUUGAAAAAUGCUGUCUUGUACAGAAUCAGCUAAAGUGCCUUUUGGUAGUCUCUGAAGGUACUACUUAUAUAAUCAUGUAUUCAGAUUUUGAUUAUUGGUUUCAAACAUAAGACUAUCAAGAGUUAUGGGUAAAUUUAUAUUGCUAAAAUGAUCUAAAAACACUGAAUUUUUACAUUUUUGUUUACAUUUGCUGUUUAUGUUCAAUCCAUCCCUUUAUUCUGGCAAUAUAGAACCUUUAGGAGUCAAUAAAGCCCCAUUUGCGUACAAAGGCUGGAAUGGAUGCACAAAACAUUUUAUGCAUCUGUGUAUAAUGCAUACAACCAGCUUACUGAUAGCGCAGUCCUGUACAUAACUACUCAGAAGAAAGUCCUAUUGAGUUCAAUGGAUUUUACUCCUAGCUGAGGGUAUAAAGCUUAGUCAAUUGCAUUCAAGCUGAUAAAAUAAUAAGGUUCGAAUGCCUGUCAUAGACUUAUAGGUUUCCUUAGUUGGGAGAUUUGUAUGUUUUACUGAAGGUUAACAAUGAAUAAUCCCAGGUAAAACGAGAAAGAUGCAAUAUCUAUUUUAAACUAUAUUUUUUUCAGUGAUAGACUGGAUCACAUUAAAACAAUAGUAAGUAGAAAAAUUCUCAAAAUAGACAAGCUUUGGAUACGCAAAUGGGAAGGGUUUCAAGAUCCACAUCAGGGCAAAACUGAAUUACAGGUGAACCUAAUCAUGGGAACAUAUAUUGUGAAUCUUCCUGUAACAUGUCUCAUUUGUAAUGCCCGUCUGAAAAACAGAAUUUGAUCCUGUACUGGGAAUGGCCAGUAGAUGGCAGUGGAGAAACUGUCAUGGAAACAAUAUAUAUGUAUGUUACACUUUCUAGGUUUACUAAAGAAAAGGAAAGCAGAUUUUAUGGGUUCCACCGUAAUCUGUAAAAUGAUACUUGUUUUCAUCAUAACUAAAACAAAUAGUAUAUUUUCUUGAUGUUGGGAGGACAGCUGAUCAGCUUUAAAAGUUAAUAAACAUGUUUUGUGUAUUUAACUGCAUAUCUCCCCUCAGAACACACAUAUCUCUUAAAAUAGAGAACAUGGGAGGUUGCCUUAUACAGAGCAGCCCAGUGACGUCUACAAUGACAGGGGUCUUUCCUGGCUCUACCUGGAGAUCUGGGAUAUUGAACCUGAGAGCUUGAGCAGGCAAAGUGUGGGUUCCAUCUCCCUGAGCUCCACUCCCAGCACAAUGAAGAUAAACUAACCAACCCCAGGCAGAUGAAAUAAGAGUACAGUGUUUUUCCACAUUUAGUCCACACCAGGUAUAUUUCAAUUUUUUACUCGAGGCAAAACAGUCUUUAUUUAGCACAGUACAUCAGUUCUUCUGAGAUUCUGGAGCAAAAGUGCAAAAUGUACACACAUGAAGGCAAACUAUUGCACCUGAAUGUAUUGUAUAAAAAAAGAGAACAUUCUAUACAUUAUAUUUAAAAGGUAGUGCAAAUGUACACUCAGUGUGAGGGAGGACACACUCAAACAUCUCCACGAAUCCCACAUGCAGAGAGCUCAGCUCAUGUCAGCACCAGCUUUACGAUUACUUGACUAAGACUGGAGAGGGCCUUUCCCCCCCUGUACAAAUUAAACAUCCCCAAUACAACCUUUAUGAAAAUUCUCCAGAGCUCCCUUGUAUUUCAGUUGGUAUUGACAAAAUAGAAUGUAUUUCAUAGAGAUAGGCCUGCUUGCAGCUUGGAAAACAUGCAUUUUCAAAUGUUACAGGCUUACAACACAAUCCUUACGCAUGUUUUAUUCAGAAGUCAAGUCCCAUUGUAUAUAGUGAAACCUGACUCCACUGGACUUGGGGGGGGGGGAAAUUGGCUUUAUUUCAGUGUGUGAAAUAAACUAUAUCUUUUUCAAUGAUAAAUAGUAGGAGAAAUAGAUCUGUAGAAACCUAUCUUUAGAAAAGCUAGUCUUUGCUUGGAUGCCAAAGAUACAGUAAUCCAAAUGAUCAGACUUAUUUCUAAGAAAUAUUAUGUUGCACACUAGUUUGAAUUUUUUUUUGGUCUUCCUAUAGGGCUAGUGCAGUUGUAUGCUAAUUUUGUCAUUAAAUAAGGUUAAAGAAUCCCGGGUUGGAACGUGCCCAGGGUUCUAUGUGUAAGGAUGGUCAAAUAGGACUAACCAUGGUAAAGGAAGGUUGGAGAAAUUGCUUGUGUGAGAGGAGGAGGAGCUCUAUGAGAGGGAGUCAAUCAUGCAACCCAUUUCUACUCCCUUAACCCUAGUUAACAGUUGAGUGAUGUUCGCCUCUGCAACAUCCCUUAAGUCAAUGGUACUGAUUCUGUUGUGACUAUGUUGCUUUAAAUGCUAUUAAAACAAUGCCUUGCUGAAUGUUGUAGUAUCAAAACACAUUUUAAAUACAUUUUUUAAAAGCCCUGCACGUUAUAAACCUAUAUAUUUACAUUAGAUUUGCAGGAUUGCAGAUUUGUGCCAGUUGAAAAGUGCAAUAAAAUUACUAUUGAUGACGGAAACUAAAUUGAUUAUAUGCAAAAAUGGCAAAUAGGCCUAUGUAUAUGUACUCAAAUUGAAAAACAACUUGCAGAGUAAGUAUACAUAGGCUUAUAUGCAAUGUGUACUUAAUCAAUCUAGUCUGGUUUUUAAAUGUUGAGUGUUCAUGUGAUGUAUUGUCUUUGUUUUUAUAGCCCCUGAAGAAGCCCUUAAACAAUAAUUAGCUGAACAGUGUGGAGCUGUUUUGAAAAUAAAGUUCACAUUUUUUUCAGCAUCCUUUGUUUUAAGGUUCAUUUUGGAUGCUCUCCAGUUUUUGUAUUUUUUGCUUUCUCCUUGACAACAGAGCUCCACUAUCAAAUCAAGGGACAACACAAGGUCCUCCAGGUCCUGGCUUUCCUUCUGGUCAUAUCGGGAGGGGUGGGUAUAGGUUUCCUGUUGCCCUAAAUAGACAAUGCCAAGAUGUGCAAAUCCCAGAACUGUGGCAGAGUGCAGGAGGCUUCCCACAGCAGUGAAUUGAACUACAUGAUGAAAAAUACACUGUCUGAGCUGUAGCCAGGAUACAGAAAGCCACCCAUCUAGCUCAAGCACCAAGUGGGCUUGUAUACCCCUAUCUCUGGAAGGGCAUUUUUAUCAUAUAAAUCACAAGCUGACCUUUAUAAACCAGCAAAAACUUCAAAUAGCAGAUUUUACAAGACCAAGAGCUGAAAGCAAUGCCCAGUUUGCACAUAACGCUAAUCCAAAUCAUGAAACAGCAUGAAUAAGCAAACAUGCGGAUUCUCAAACUGAAGAUCAUAGCUGCUGCACUCCUCUGGUCCUGCUGCUGUUGUGCUACAAGGGGCUAAGCUGAGGUUUCAGGUAAGCAUUAUGUCUGAACCUGGGCUCAUGGUUUGUCUGCCCCAAGCUAUAAACCAUAAGCCAUAAAACACCUGUUGGUUACAGCUGGUGGCUUGGAGUGAGACAAACCACAAGCCUGAGUUUGGAGAUAAAACUAAGUCAUAGCAUGGUUGGGCACUAAGUAGCAUGGCAGCAGCAGGACUGAGAUAGGACAGUGACCAUGAUCUUCGCUCUGGAAACCUGCUUGUUCAUGCUAAGCUAUGGUUUGGCUUACUGUUAUAUGUGAACAAGUCAAAGUGCUGCUGCACCACAUGUAGGUCUUUUGUAUACAUCAGGGAAACCAAAAAUUAAAUGCAAUUUGUGUCAAUGUUUAAUGAAGACACACUAUCCUGUCUGUCAAUGACAUAAAUCAUAGUAUUUCUGGCACAGUUCAGUACUACUGCCUCUGGUCCUGCUAUUUCAGAAUACCCAAUAUUUUAAAUCCCUGUAAACAAAACCCCAAACUGGCCAGCAGUUAUUGCUAAAAUAAAAUAGUACCUGUAAAAGAUUUCAAUCUCUCUAUAUAAAAAACACAUUUUCAUUGAAAAAGAGGAAAACAUUACAACAAUCUGUAAAGCACUCAACGUUGUUGAACCAGUGUGAUUGCAAGCAGUGUUUGUGGCUCAGAAGUUUUGUGCACACAGUAUUGUUACUGCUAUAUUCAUUCUCUGUCCUUAGUGAGUUCUGUAAUUUCAUCCACAUCUUCCAUGUCCCUUGCCAUUUUCUCAUAUUUUCUUUUGAAGAAACCGAGCUGUAAUACAUUUUUCAGAAGUUUUAAAAUAAAUACCAAAUUAUUAUUAUUAUUAUUAUAUAUAUCCCACCCUUCCUCCCAGUAGGAGCCCAAUGUAUCUAUGGCUAUGAUCUGCCUCCAUAGUCUGAAGCAAUAUGCUUCCAAGUACCAGCUGCUCAAAACUGCACGAGGGGAGAGUGCUCCUGCUUGCAGGCUUCCCAUGGCCAUCUGGUUGGCCACUAUGUGAACAGGAUGCACGACUAGGCUUGACCAGGCUGUUCUUAUAUUUAUUUAAAAUAUUUAUGUACCGUAUAUUCCGGCGUAUAAGACGACUUUUUAACCCUGGAAAUCUUCUCCAAAGUCGGGGGUCGUCUUAUACGCCGGGUGUCAUCUUAUUAGGGUUGCCAUAUUGCCCGGAUAGCCGAGUUUUACCCGGAUUCUAAGCAUGCCACCCGGCGCCCGGCUAACCCCUUAGGUGGCCCGGAUUCUCAGCUUUCAUUAAAAAAAAAAAGUUUCUAGGUGGUGCGGUUCUCGAGAUAUAUAUAAAAAUGUCAGGCACCCCCCACCGGUUAAUUUUUUUUUAAAACUACUGUAUAGCACUUCGUAGCUUUAACCCCGCCCGUUCAGGAUUUCAGCCAAUCAGUGAAGUGUUUGUUUGGUGGCAGUGUCUGCAAAACCUCAUUCGAGGCCAGAAAAUGGUGGUUUCCCCUCCUGUUUAUCUGAAAAUCUCAUAAAUUGGGUAGGUAUAUACAUUUCAGUUUUUCCCCCUGUUGUGUGUAGGAGUCAGAUCCUGGGCAGUGUUUUGAAAACCUUCCCAAUAGUUGCUUUUGGGGGUAAAAACAGUGCUAAUCCCAUAUGUCCAGAGUAAAUCCUAUUGAAUUCAGUAGGAAUUACUUUUGAGUAGACAUGAUUAUGAAUGUGCUGAAAAUCAAUGGGACUUUGGAGUGAAUGUAAAAAAGAAUUGUGUUUGUGUUCUCUUUCUGCCCCCCCCCCCAGUCCUAUUUUAAAGCAAGUAGGCAGGGCUUACUUAGGUAUUGCAGUUUUUAUUCUGUAGGAAACUAAUACUGAUUUUUUUAAAACUAAUACUGAUUUUUCUGCAAUGACCAACUGGUCUGACAAUAAACUGUUAUAUGGGCUGUAUGUAUUUAUACAUCUGCAGUGUGUGCAUGUGCGUGUAUGGAGUCUUAUGAUUCAGAAUUUUGGGUUGUGUGAAUGAAGUUGCUUAUCACUUGAGGUUGCAUUUCUGUCCCUGUUUGAGUAAGCCCCACUGAAUACACUGGGACUUGCUUCUGAAUAAAUAAACCUAGGAUUGCACUAUAAAUAUCUUUACAGUUUGUGUAAAUAAUAAAUAUAUUUGAUAGUUAUGCUUAUAUAAAUAUUUCUUCAUUUAUCAUAUUUUUGGUUUUUGGUUAGGAAUCCUGACUGGUUGUGAGAUGCUUAGUUUUUUGCCUUAUAGGAAUCUUGUUGUGGUUGGUAUGGUAUUACAUUUAGGAAAGUGUUACUGCCUUCUGUAUUUUUUUUUCCUAUUUGCAUUUCACUUAUCUUUAACCUCACUCCGUUACAGCCAUAGAAGCAACAGCAGCAUAUGCAAGAUAAUUAACUCCCAUUAGUGAUAAGAACAAGAAUUUAUAAUUAUUAUUUCAAUUAAAACAAGAGGCUUAUCAAUACUUUGAAGAGGACCAGAUAUUUAUUUUCUUUCUGAGCCCAGGACUGGGUCUUUCAUGAUGCCCGGUGUGUGUGUGUGGGGGGGGGGAGCAGGAGAGUAGUCGAUAAGACAGACAUCCUGGCAUUGAUAAUCGAAUUAGCAAGGUAUGUGUGGGGUUAUUGUACACUUCCAGGCUCAGUUUCAUUUUGAGUAUGGAGGUGGAACCUGUGUAGAUGUGGUUAUCAAAGGGAGAAGAAAUUUUGAGUUAAGCAAAGCUCUGCUUUUAUAAAACCUAAGAAACAUACAGUACUUUGAAUGUCUGAGUGCCUGCACCAGUGGAAUACUAGAGGAACUUGUAAAACUUGCUGCAACAGUAUUUAGAACUGAGCAUGUGGUGUGAAAGACUCCUUUUCCUAACAUUUUGGCUUGUUUUUCUCUGAUUGUGUAUUUUUAUUGUUUUUACUAUAUUUGUAAGCUGUGCUGAGCUCUUUUUAACAGCAAAAGGGCAGGAUAUAAAUUCUCUUAAUCAAUCAAUAAAUACUCCAUAGUGUUGGAAACUAGAGUCUAGGCAUUUAAUGUUGCUUUUAAAAAAAAGAUUUCUCACAUUUUCCCCCAGUUUUUGGUGGUAAUUCCUAGGCACAAAAACGAAACAACUGGACAAUCCAAAUAUUAAUAUUUAUAAGUUUAUAAGUGACAGUUUUCCUGCUAAGUACCUGCAUGUCAUAAGCAGGGGUAGUCUUAUACGGCGAGUAUAUCUCUAUAUUUUAACUGGAAAAGUUGGGGGUCGUCUUAUACGCCCAGUCGUCUUAUACGCCGGAAUAUACGGUAUAUAUGAUUGCUACUUGAGACUAGUUCAUGCAUUUAAUUUUUACAGCCACUGAAGUUCUGGCAUAUGCACACAUAGGCUGCAUUGGAUUCAAUACUAAAUUUUGGUUUAGCAUUACGUGCAAGAGCCUCAGGCUAGUGCACUCCCUCUGGCAUGGCUACGAGGAGAAUGGAGACUUUUGCUUUCAACUUAUUGUGGUUUCUGAUUAUAUUCGAACACACAUAGCUAUUGUUUAUUGAAACAAGCUAACCUUAAACUCAGGUUUCUGACCUUUGCUUCUUUCCCUAAAUCAUGUGGGGCCUAAAUCAUUGUUAAGAUUAACCACAGUUUUGGGAUCUCACAUAACAAACCAUGAAAAUGGAGGCUUCAUGCACAUAACACUAAACCAUAGUUCAUAAUUAUGUCCAAACCCAGUCAUAGUGUGUGUGAAUUCAAGAUAUGCAAGGCUGAUUUCUCAGUAUUCUCUGGAAGUUUUCAAAAGUGAUUUUUAAGCACACUGCUAUGAUGGGAACUACUGGAUUAUAUUGAGCAUGAACCACAAAGUGAGAUACCUAUGUGGCAGUUACCACACAUGCUAUAUGAGGAACAUGGCUCCAUUAUUAUCAGAUGUCUUUGUAUGAUAGUAGUUAAAACGGUCUUUGAGGUUCAUAUCCCAAAUCCCAUGUUUGUAUUAUAUUUCUUAAUAUUCCAUAACUAUUUAAAAGUACUUUCCAAAGGACUAUCAACAUGGCAGUUAAAAGAAGGGAAUGCCUCAAGUGUUUCAGUAUUAGGCAUAUUUGUUUUGAAUUUAACUCUUGGUUUUGUAGCACAAGUAGACUUUUAGUAAUUGGAUAAAAAGUGCACAUACUAGCUUGUAUGGAAGCUUUUAUAAACCGUCUUGAGGGCCUUUGGCUGAAAGGCAGGGUAUAAAUAAACAUUAACAUAACUAUCACAUGAAAGGCACAUUGAGUCAAAAUAGAGUCAUGCUAUGGAGUGUGGAAUGUUUAUUUUACAUGUUUAAAAGGGAUAAAAGGGUUUUCAUUGUCUGUUUGGGGGAAAAAACCUCAUUUAACCGAAAACAAAAAAGUUUUAAAUACCAACAUAUUUAUUAUGGCAUAAGCUUCUGUGGAUUGCAGUCCACAAAAUUUUAUCCUAUAGUAAAUGAAUUUCCUUCCUACUGACUGCAGUGGUGGGGGGAAUUGACUAAAACAGGCAGGCCCAGCAUGAGAGGGUAGCUAGUCUGGGCACUGGCCGAGGGCCACUGAGGCUGGGAACAUGGAGCUCCUGCUCCACAAUCUCCGCCAGCACCGGGUCAUGGGGCAUGCAUGACUGGAUGGUGGCACGUAUCACAAGUGGGAGCUCCACUCUCCCAGGCAAAACACACACACACCACACACAGCGCCAGCCAGCCUGUACUUAAAUAGCCCAGUCAUACCACCUCUUGCACUGUUGCAUCAGAAUGCUGCAUGUGCAUACCUGCCAUCACCCAAGAUGGCAGGCAUGUGCACUGCCACAGCGGAGCAGGAGCUAGUGCGCCUGGGUGUGUUCAAACACAUGCCCGCAGGAGGAACCAGGGGCCCACUGUGGUCUGGUGCCAGCCCUGGAGCCAGCUCCAGAGCUGGCAUACUUUUGCAGCUAGUUUUUUUGGAGUGGGGUAGGGGGGGUGUCUCUGGGGAACAGGAGGGCUUUGGAUUCCAUGGUUCUAACACUUCUCCUGAUUUGCCCCAACACAGCCCUGUUGCUAGAGGACUUUCUGCUCCUGCAACAAAGAGGCCUCUAGUGGUGAAUAUCUGUCUCUGACUGCAGAGAGGGGGUUCCAUAGCAUCCUGCAGCCAUUCAUCCUCUGGGGCAGCUUAGGAUUGCUCCCUAAAUAUUUACUUACUUUCCAUAAAGCAGCAACUAGAGCUAGCAGCAAGAGGAGACCCACUAGGACACUUCCUAUCACAACUCCAACUGGCACUUCUGCUUUCUCGUCAGGCUUUGUUAUUGUGACAGGAAUCUUAAAAGAAACAUUUGUAGUAGUUAGAAAACGUAAUACAAAUCAUAUAAAAGUAAAUUCUGUGUACGUUCUUUGGUCGCUAGUUGGAGAGCUGCAAGAGAGUUAUUGUAGUCUCAUAGAGCUCAGGAUUAAUUCUAGGAAUGAGUGAAUUAUCUCUCUACUGAACAUUCUGAUAUCCUUUUGGUCCUGCUCCAUAUGAAUUCGUAGAAUCAUAGAAUACAGGCAUACCCCGCUUUAACGUUUGCAAUGGGACCGGAGAGUAUACUUUAAGUGAAAAUCUACUUUAAGUGAAGCAAUUGUCUUCACUUGUACUGCACAAAAUCACCACUAGAUGGCAGCGGCAUCAUGCCAAUAAAAUGUACGUUAUUGCGACGUGCGUGAACAUUAAGUGGGGUAUGGGGACGUAUGGAGCAUGUACGUUAUAGCGAGGCAACGUUAAGUGGGGUAUGCCUGUAGUAGAGUUGGAAGGGGCCUACAAGGAUAUCAAGCCCAACCCUCUGCUCAAUGCAGGAAUCCAACUAAAGCAUACCCAACAGGUGGUUAUCCAGCUGCAUCUUGAACGUGCUUAGUGGUGGGAGAGCCCACUACCGCCCUAGGUAAUUGUGCUCCAAUGUUGUACUACUCUUAACAGUUGCAAAGUUUUUCCUGCUGUUCAGAUGAAAUCUGGUGUCCUGUAAGUUGAACCCAUUGUUCAGUGUCCUGCACUCUGGGAUGAUCAAGAAGAGAUCCUGGCCUUCCUCUGUGUGACAAUCUUUCAAGUACUUGAAGAGGGCUAUCAUAUCUCCCCUCACUCUUCUCAAGGCUAAACAUGCCCAGUUCUUUCAGCAAGAAUUUUGGAUUUCAGAAUGUUGGUAAUACAUUUUGCACUUGCACCUUCACAGUAAUAACUAAAAUACAAAAUCCUUCACUAUGCCCCGGUUUGCACGACAUGGUAAGCCAAACUAUGGCUUACUGGGAUUGCAUAUAUGUGCAGGUGCCUGGAGAGAAAUAGCUGCUUUACUCCUCACUGGUCCUUUCUACUCCUUUGCUGAACUGAGCCGAGCCAAAGUUUGGCUCAGCAUGUCAUCUGAACCUGGGUUCAUGGUUAAGCUCUCUCCUCACCAUGAGCUGAAUCCAAAGUUUGUUCUUUCUUGCAGUUUGCAGUUAUUGAGAGAUUAACCAUGAGCCCUGGUUCAGAUGACACACUAAGCCAUCCUUGGCUUAACUCAGCAUGGCAGUAUAAAGGCCCAGGAAUGAGCAUAGUGGUGGUGAACUUUUGCAUGGUCCUGUUGAACCCUUUAAACACCAAAAACAAAACAAAAAUAUUUUGGGCAUUUCAAAUUAUUUACAAUUAUCUCAUUUAUCAUUUUUAUUUUCCUUUUGAAUUUCUGCAAAACUUUGGAAAAGCACCUCUAGAGCAAUAACGUAUUCCAACAUCAAACAAGGGUGAAAUUUGGACAAAGGCAGAUUUCGGAAGCAUCCCUAAAUUAACAUAUUGCCUUGAACUGAGAAAUCCCAGGAUCCAUAUUUGCCUUUGCUUAUUUGUAGAAACAAAGGAAUAAUGGAAGACCAUAGAAUUCUGCAGGACUUACUCAGAUUUUAUUGCUGAACUAUUGCAGGGGGUCAGUGGGUGAUCAUUGAUUUUAUUGCUAAAUUGUUUUGUUCAUUAUGUUUUGUUUUUUUCACUGAAUGUCACAUAGAUGAUACCUCAUUAUGCAGCUAUUAAAUAAAAUAAAAAUACUUCCAUACAUUUUGUAGACACAGCUAUGACACCCACAGGUUGGAAAACCGGAAGUUGGUAUUGGAAGUAGUGUUUAAGUAUUUGCCACUUUUUCCUCUCCCCAAAUACUAAGACGUUAAUUGAGGAACUGGCAGCCUUUUCAUUAAGUGGUUAUAAAUACAGAUGAUCUUGUUGGCUUCAAAAGAUAUUUAGAGUUUUCAAAGAUCUAUGGGAAUUUAAGUUUAGCUUUGAAAAUCUGGAAGGACAUUUUACAUAUUUUUCACUUAAAAAGGGAAAAGUUACUAUUAAAUUGCCGGAUGCAAUUUAAUCUCAUGACUUCUGGCAACUAGUAUUACUAGCAGUUUUUUUUUUAAUUAUUAUUCUGCUGGUUUGGGUGUGGACACAUCUAUACAUUUCAAUGUGGGCUUCUUCCACGUACUUUGAAACAAAAUGGCCACACCCAUAAUGAUUUUUGCAGGUAGAAGCAUUCAGUAUUGCAGUCUCCAAAUAAUAGCCUCUUUCAAUUGUGGAGAAAAACCAAAACAAUUUCCUUUACUUGAUUUGUGUAUCAAGGCUUCUCACACAGCAAUUAAAUCACAUAAAGUUGCAUUUGACUAAUUUUUUUGAAAAAAUAUUUUAAAAGGUUCCUGUUCCAUCUUUCAGAAAAAUCUUCUGAAGUGGCGUACAAUUUUUUUUAAAAAAUUAAACAUUAAAAAGCAUAGAACAAUAAAAUGGCAAUAAAAGCAGCCAAACAGCAUUAAUACACUCAUCUAGCCAUUACAAGAUUGGGAGAACAGAAUUUUCUUCACAUGGUGCUGAAAAGCUAGUAAAACAAGCACCAGCUGAGUAUCUCUGGGGAUGGUAUUACAUACCUGGGGUGCCACCAACAAAAAGUCUCUAUUUCUGUUUGCCAUGAAACUCUGCUCUGAAGGCAACAGCAGUUGAAGUGAGGCCUUGGCAGAGAUCUAAAAGAGUGGGCAAGCUCAAAUGGAAGCAUAAGAUUGUACAGAAUAGGGGUUGGGAACAUAUUUCAGCCCAAGGGCUGCAUUCCCUUCUGAGGGCCACAUGCCGGCGGUGGGUAGGGCCAAAGUAGCCAGAUCAAUGAGUGUAAAGUUUAUCUUUGCAGAGUAGGCAAUCUUCUACAGCCUCGCACCCUUCUCCAUCCAGGCAAGCAAAAGGCAUUAUUAAGAGUUCUAGGCAUGCAAAAACACUCAAGGAGGGUGCAAAAGCAGGGCUGGUAAGGGGUAUGGCCUAAGGAAAAAGGUGUGUGGCUGGGGGGUGGGGUGGCCUGCAGAGACUCCCAAGAGUGAGUAAGCGGGCGAGGCCUGAAGGGAAGCAAACCUCUCUGAAGACUGGAUGGUGGGUCAGCUCUGUUUAUAGAGGUUUCCGUUGGCCGUUGUUGGAAAGAGAAUGCUCAGACAGACAGACUAUUGGUUUGAUCCAGAAAGACUCUUAUGAACAAUCCUCCAUUUAAUACGUAGGCCAGCAUGAAUGGCUCACAAUCACCAUUAUACUUCUAAAAAAUGAAGAAGUCUCCACGAAUUCCAGUUUCCCCAAGGGUGGGGAGGUGGCCGUUCAAAGCAGCAGCCUAUACAAAGCAAAAUAAUUGUUUUUUUUGCUUUCCAUAGAGGUUGCAUCAUCACAUUUAUAUCCCACCUUUCCUCUAAGGAGCUGAAGACGGUAUACAAACACAGUCCUCCCUCUCCUGAUUUUGUCCCCAGGGAAAUGGGACUCAUCUGGCAACGGCACCUCCCUGUAGGGGGUGGGAUUUUACCUUCCUGCAGCUUUUUAUUAGGGUGGCUCUUGAAAGCAGCUCCCAAUGCAAAACAAUGGGGAAAUAUCUCCAUUGCUUUUCAUAGGUACUGCCAUGGAGGGCUUUCCCUGGGGAAACUGGGACAUGGAGGCAAAAGCCUGUCCUCUGUGGCAGACCAAUGGGGCAAAAGGUUCUCCCGGAGAGGAUGGACUGUUGCCCCCACUAGCAGUUUUGAUCACGUUUCCAAGGAAUGAGCCUGUCAUGGCCCCGUCAGAGGACUCCUCAGAUGAGGACGACUCGGGAGUAACAGCAGCAGACCCAGGACCAGCAGGAGACACGGAGGAGCCUCCUGAGAAUCCAGCUCCUUCUGCCCCUCAGCUGCAGAGCACCCCAGGGACAGCAGAGGCCCUGCAGCCAGACACAGACAGUGAACAGGAUACUCCCCCCUCACCUGCAGAACGUAGACAGCAGAAGGUCAGGCAGAAGAGAGGCAUGUCUGUCUCCUUAAGGCCCAAACGCUGAGGGCUCACACCUGCUGUCCAUCCUGCUCUUUAUAAGGCACACCUUGGCUGCAGCUUGUUGCUGACUGCAACGUCAGGCGUGGCUUUGUGUAGACCUAGUUUCCCUGCAGCAUCUCUUUGACUGACCCCUUGGCAAUUGAUCCCGGACCUCCACUGACCUCGCUUCGGGACUUCUGACUCGGCAAGUACGCUUCGGAUAGGCCUGGCAGAUUUACAACCCGACUGCUGGCUAAGGACUUUCCUUCCCUGCCAAAGACCCAGGAAUUUCCAGCCCCCCCCGGCACUGCUGAUGCAGUGUAGAGCUGACAGAGCCAUUUGCAACUGCACAAUUGUUAUUAGGCUCUUUUAGGUCCAGGGAAGACUUUGAGGAGUGGGCACACUACCCCCUCCAUACUACCCCUACAGGUGAUCUCCCUCAUGUAAUUAUUUAUUAUUAUUUCUUAGAUUUAUAUCCCACCCUUCCUUCCAGUAGGAGCCCAAGGUGGCAAACCAAAGCAAUAAAACACUUGGAAACAUCAUAAAAACAGAUUUUAAAAUAUAUUAAAAUAAAACAUCUUUAAAAACAUUUUUAAAAACUUUUAAAAAUCUUUUUAAUAAAGGCUUAAAAACAUAUUAAAAAGCAAUUCCAACACAGACACAGACUGGGAUAAGGUCUCUACUUAAAAGGCUUGUUGAAAGAGGAAUGUAAUGAAGCAUUGACCCCCGUGGUUGCUCCCAUCCAAUAAUGAAUAGGGAUCAAGAGGGCAUGUAAUUGCUCCCAGUGUCUUGUCCACAUCAUCGUCACAAAAGCUGAAAGUGAUCCCCUAGAACCAAUUGUGUCCCUCUGUUCAUGAAAGACUUUGAUUCAGCAGAGGCUUCUGUGAAUAGAACUCGGAUGGAUGGGGGGGAGAGUCAAUUUUCACUGAUUUGCCCCUCUGGAGUCCCUGUGCCCCCUCCCCAUUUGCUCCAGAGAGUUGGGGGACGCUUGGGAACUGCGUGGGAAUUGGUGUGGUGGAGACCUGAAGGAGAAAAGAGGAAUUUGCAAAAAUUGCUUCCUUUCUCCUUCCGUUCAUGAAAACCAUCACUGGAACAAAGUCUUCUUAGAGUCAAAACUGGAUACAAUGUACAAGCCCUUCUCUGAAAUACACAUACCCUAUCAGAUGUUCAUUUCCAUUUUACAUCAAGUAGUUGAAUAGCAGGCUCACCUUGUCAUCCCCAAAAUAUUAUAUUCCUAAACCUUUCACAGAGGAGAGCCUCCCCUGCAGAUUUGGAAUGGGGAGGCAUCUAUGGAAGUGAGCCCUUCCCCAUAAGGAGACCUUGCCUUAGGUUGUCUCUCAGCAGUGGGAAUCACACUUCCAUCACCCAUUGUUGUUUUCUACUGAGCCAGGUAAUCUAAAAGAUAAAGGAGUCUUCUUUUCUGAAGGUUUGUAAGCGUCUAAUUUAUUAUAUAUAAAAAAUUUGUACCAACAUUUACCAGAUCCAUGAAACCAUUCAUUUUGGAAAAAACCAUUUUAAACAACACAGUUUUAUGAGUAGCUUUCAGUUUCCUUCUAGCAAAAAGUUGGCCAGAUGAAAUGCCAGAUAAAACUGUGAAGUUUCCAGUAUCUUUAAAACUCACAGGACAAUUUAUCAGGGUAACAUUUUUAUAAGCGGAAGACAGACUUUUUUUGUGGCAAGGCAUGUGUUUUGAAAUGAGCAUGAAAACAACAUAGUAACUUUUAGCGCAGCAACACUGAAGCAUGAAACUGUCACACUCACCGAUAAAGUAUUUCCUCCAGUCACAAAUAUAACUGAGUUGUGCGUAUCAACUUCUGCACUUGCAGAUAACUGUACUGUCUGGAAAGCUGACUGCAACAACAACAAAUAUAGCAUACAAUUAAUAACCAUAUGAUUUUCAUAAAGCAUAUGCAAUUAUAUAAGUCUUGGAGUCUAUUUAAAAAGAAAUCCUAUAGUGCUAGAGAAAAAGCAGGCAAACCCAUUUCCUGACUUUCAAACCUUUUUAUAAAGGGGUUGUAGUGCUAAUUGUUACAUCUCAAGGGGCUUAUUUUGAGAUCCUUGUUGAGUCCUUCAAGAAUUUAAGGCUGCAAUUCUAUACACACUUACUGGGGAACAAGUCCCAUUGAUCUCAAUUAGACUUCUCUAAAGUAGUAAUUGAACUGUAAAUCUGAUAUUAAAACUGCCCUUUCUUCCUUAUUCCGGAACAACCAACCCAAAGUCUGCAUGCCAGUCACUUUUUGCUUAUUUUAUGGAAGUAAUUUUGCAUAUUUACUCUGGUCUACAUGUGCAGGUGGUAUUUUAGGCAGUAGGCAAAGACCUUGAUCUCCCAAUCCUUUAAAGCAUAAUCAAUUGGGUUCUUAAGUUUUUAAUAGUAAGUUUUUGGAUUUUAUGUUGUGCUCUGUGUUCAUUGCAUGCAGCAUCGUUUCUGUUCCACUGUAGUUUGUCUUCCACCAAAAACUACACUAUUUGUCUUGCUGUCUGCUGUGGUAAAAUUCUGUAACUUACGUAAUUUACAUAAUUAACUAUGUAAAUUAUGUUGACAUUGCAUUAUUCAAUGCAAAGAAAAUGCAAUGCAAAUCAGGGAAAAUGUAAUUAAUUAUGUAUCAUUUGCAGAGUGAAAGCAAACAACAGAGAGUACCAAUCAUACUCACUUUGAUUCCAGUUCUGGACACAGAAUGAAUAAAUGAACAUUGGCAAUUUC